AUGCCAGCAACCCCCGAGUCUCAGUCUGGCGGUGGCAGCCCGCCCUACAACCAGACCCCCCCGCCCACGGACUCCUCCAUCGUCAAGGUCACCCGGGGCCAUAGUUGCGUCCUCUGCCAGCAACGCAAGGUGCGCUGUGACAAGAGGAAGCCAUGCUCCAAUUGUGUCAAGGCCGGCGUCGAUUGCCGUAUCGUGCCACCCCAACCGCCACGCCGGAGGAAGAAGCGCGUCCCAGAGCGCGACCUCGUCGAGCGUCUGCGGAAAUAUGAGGCUCUGUUGUCUCAGAACGGCAUCGACUUUGACUCCCUAGGGCCCGAUAUCAAGAUCACCGACCCCGGCACUGCUGAGGAAGGUGACGAGUUGGAUCCCGACUUCAUGAGGCAGAGGGCCAGGGACUCGCCGUCCGGCACGAACCCGGAGCUGAUCUCAUCACCUGGAGAAAAUGUCCAUAGGCCCAGGACUUUCAAAUGGUUUCCCUUCCAGAAAGAUUUUCGACCGAGUGACGACGCUGCCCGGGACUCAUCAGAGGAAGAAGACGUCGGCUCCACCAUCAACGACGCCUUUGACAAGAUGUUUAACAACACGGACGGUUUUCCCUUUGUAGUCGGUGUCCAGCAUGAUAGCGUCACUGAUCUUCACCCGUCGGCCAUCCAGAUCUUCCAGCUGUGGCAGAUUUACCUGAACAAUGUCAACCCCCUCCUCAAGCUGACGCACUCGGCGACCCUGCAAGUCCGCAUAAUCGAGGCAGGCGCAAACUUAGACAAAGUAUCGAGGAGUCUCGAGGCCCUGAUGUUUGCCAUCUACCUGAUGGCCAUCACCAGUCUCAGUGACGAGGAAACGCGAGAAACAUUCAACGAGCCGAGAUCAGCACUGCUUGCCAAGUAUUACCAUGCGACACAGCAGGCCCUUCUGAACUCUGGCUUCAUGCGGAUGCCAGAUUUGACGUCGCUGCAAGCUUACUUGUUAUUCUGUUUCGGUAUACGACAAUAUACGGAUCCUCGGUCCUUGUUCUGCCUUACUGGAAUGGGUAUUCGCCUAGCACAUCGGCUGGGGUUGCAACGUGACGGCGCCCAGUUCGGCUUAUCGCCAUUCGAGGUCGAGCAGAGAAGAAGGCUGUGGUGGAACUUUGUUGGCCUUGACAGACGGAUCGGAGAGCAAUGCGGCUCGACAAUCACGGCAAUUUCCAGUGGUGGCAGUUGCAAGCUGCCCCUGAAUAUCAACGAUGGCGACCUACACCUCCACGCGAAAGACCCGCCGCCGCCUCAUCUAGGUGCCACCGAGAUGAUGUUCACACUUACGCGGCUUGAAUUUUCCAAGGCACCAGGAAAUGACAAGAUGCGAGCUCAGUUGUCAGCAGCGAACCCACAGGCAGUCACUAGCCUGGCCGACCAUCGUCUCGUGGGCUAUCUCGAACAGUUCGCUCAUUACAUGGAGGAGACAUACCUUAAGUUUUGCGAUCCCAAGAUCCCGAUACACUACAUGACACUCCUCAUGACCCGAGCCAACAUUUGCAAACUGAGGAUAUUCUCCGGGUUCCUUCGUGUUGCUAUUACGGCACCUUCGCCUUUACCAUCUGCCGAGUCUGAAGCCCUCUUCAUCGAAGCGAUCAAUAUGGUAGAAUACGACAGCAUGAUCCAGGCUCACGAAAGUCUUAAAGGCUUCCUCUGGUACACGAACAUGCAUGUCCCUCUCCCAGCAUACGUGUGUCUUCUCACCGAGCUGCGUCAUCGCACAACCGGUGAGCUGUGCGAGCGUGCGUGGGAGACUAUAUUCGAGCAUGCAGACCGGAGGAAGAUGACCACCCACACCCAAACCCCCCUCCACAUGGCUUUCAGUACCCUCUUUGUCAAAGCGUGGGAUGCGCGAGAAGCUGCCGAGGCCGCUCUGGGCCGUACACUGGCGCCUCCUCGGCUCAUCACACUCAUGCGGCAGAUCGAAGCUCGAAUGCCUAAAAAGACCAAGGACAAGACUCCCAUGCCAACUCCGUCACCGACGCUGACCGCUGCGAGCGGAGCUUUUGUCUCGGCACCUCCGCACACCGCUGGAACGGAAGCUAAUGUGCUACCGACUACGUCAAUGUAUGCGAACCCCGACAUGUUUGCCAGCAUGCCACCGGCGGACAUCAACAGGCAGUUCACAUCCGCAUUCCCAGACGUCAACUUUGGGGGCGAGAUGGACUGGAAUUACCUGGUGCAAGAGUAUAGCAGCUUUCUACCGCCGCAGAUGCCUGGCUACGGAGGUCCCAUGCCGGUGAUGCAGGAUCCCACUCAGGCUGGAGGUUGGCAGUAA